CGCCCACCCGAGCCCCGAGCGCCGUCGUGUGCCUCUGCCCUUUGCAGGAACGCGCUGAUGUUCAACAACGAGCUCAUGGCUGACGUCCACUUCGUCGUGGGGCCCCCGGGCGCAGCCCAGAGGGUGCCUGCUCACAAGUACGUCUUGGCCGUUGGCAGUUCCGUCUUCUAUGCUAUGUUUUACGGGGACCUGGCAGAAGUCAAGUCAGAAAUCCACAUUCCUGACGUGGAGCCUGCAGCUUUUCUGAUCUUGUUAAAGUACAUGUACAGUGACGAGAUCGAUCUGGAAGCUGACACAGUGCUGGCCACGCUCUAUGCUGCUAAGAAGUACAUCGUCCCUGCAUUAGCAAAAGCCUGUGUCAACUUUCUGGAGACAAGUCUGGAAGCCAAAAACGCCUGCGUGCUGCUGUCCCAGAGCCGGCUGUUUGAGGAGCCUGAGCUGACCCAGCGCUGCUGGGAGGUCAUUGACGCACAGGCAGAGAUGGCCCUGCGGUCCGAAGGCUUCUGUGAGAUUGACUGGCAGACACUGGAAAUCAUCGUGACGCGGGAGGCCCUCAACACCAAGGAGGCAGUGGUCUUUGAGGCUGUUCUGAGCUGGGCUGAGGCAGAGUGCAAGAGGCAGGGCCUGCCGGUCACCCCCCGCAACAAGAGACACGUCCUGGGGCCAGCCCUCUACCUGGUCCGAAUUCCAACCAUGACCUUGGAGGAGUUUGCCAAUGGUGCCGCCCAGUCAGACAUCCUGACGCUGGAGGAGACCCACAACAUCUUCCUGUGGUACACGGCGGCCAACAAGCCCCUCCUGGACUUCCCCCUGACCAAGAGGAAGGGCCUUGCCCCCCAGCGGUGCCACCGCUUCCAGUCCUCUGCCUACCGCAGCAACCAGUGGCGCUACCGCGGGCGCUGCGACAGCAUCCAGUUCGCCGUGGACAGGAGGGUGUUCGUUGCAGGGCUGGGCCUGUACGGCUCCAGCUCCGGGAAGGCAGAGUACAGCGUGAAGAUCGAACUCAAGCGGCUGGGGGUGGUCCUGGCACAGAACUUGACCAAGUUUGUCUCCGACGGCUCCAGCAACACCUUUUCUGUCUGGUUUGAACACCCUGUGCAGGUAGAGCAGGACACCUUCUACACGGCCAGCGCCGUCCUGGAUGGCAGUGAGCUCAGCUACUUCGGGCAGGAGGGCAUGACGGAAGUGCAGUGCGGGAAGGUGACCUUUCAGUUCCAGUGCUCUUCCGACAGCACCAACGGGACCGGGGUCCAGGGCGGGCAGAUCCCUGAGCUCAUCUUCUACGCCUGAGGCUCUGUGGUGGCCGUGGGACGCUGGGA